AUGCCACAACUGCGAGUAGAGUACGCCAAGUCGGGCCGCGCCCGCUGUUCUCUGCCGGCCUGCGGUCAACCCAUCGCCCGCCACGAGGUCCGCAUCGGCACCGCCGUCGUCUUUCCCGCACGCGGGCAGUCCGACUCGCACCCCAACAGCGCAGAGAAUGAAGAGGGAACGAUUUCUUACAAGUGGCGGCAUCUCUGCUGUUUCACGCAGCGACAACUGCAGAACGCCACCGCCGCGGGUGAUCUCGACAACAUUGAGGGAUUUGACGAUUUGGCGCCAGCCGACAAGGCGCUGGUGAAUAGCAUGAAGCGUGGGGAGUUGGUGGAUCAAUCAAACGUGAAGGGACGCGUGGGGGACGUCGCCAACUCACCAAUCGCAGCGGAACUCCUCCCAAAAGGUGGAGCCUCACCAGCAAAGAAGGGAAAAUCCGAAAAAACUACAACAACAACAAAGAAGACAUCCACUACAGCAGCAACUAAAGUGGAAGAAGGAGCAGAAACGAAAAAGAAGACGACGCGAACGACUAAAAGAACUCGUGAGAAGAGUGAAGAGAAUGACAAGGAUGGUGCCGAAUCGGAUGCGACGAUUGAAUACGAUGUCUCUGUUGUGAAAACAAAACCGGUUUGCCCGUACGGUGAGAAGUGUUUUCGCACAGGUGCUGAACACAUGGCGGAGUAUACACACGGCACAGAUGCGGAUGUGAAUGUACCGGCUCGACCUCGGGCUAUUAUAAAAGGAAAGAAAGGAUAA